AUGGGAUUUUUCCGCCGAACAAUUUUGCGAAAUCAAAAAUUUACUUGUCGUUUCGACAAAAAUUGUAUUAUUGACAAAAACUUUCGUUGCGCCUGUCGUUAUUGUCGUUUUCAGAAAUGUUUGAGGUUUUUAAUUAUUUUUAAAGUUUUUUUUGUUUGUUUAAAUUGA